AGAGAAAGAGAAAGAGACAGAGAGAGAGAGAGAGAGAAAAAGGCAUUGAGUAAUUGAGCAUGCUUGAGCACCCACCCCACUAUUCUGAGAAACACAACCCUGAAACCACACUCUUAUCUACUGAUUGAGGCCUUCAGAUCAGGCCAAGUUCCACAACUUUCACUAACCCACAUCUCUCUCUUUCCCAUUCUAUCCCCCUCUCUCUCUAUGUCUGUCUUUUACCCACUCUAUUCCUCUCUCCCCCUGUGCCUUUCUCUAUCUGAUAGGAUAUAGAAUGUGACCUAUCCUUUCCAUUUGUUCUAAUACAACAGUGUGUAUAUGUGUAAAACCCAGCAUUCUAUCCCUCUCUCCCACUCUACCUGAUAGGAUAUAGAAUGUGACCUAUCCCCUCCAUUGGUUCUAAUAGAACAGUAUAGUGUACUACCCAGCCCUCUUAUCAGAGCUGUAUCAUCAGAAACACAGCAGCAGCGAUUGAGUCAUUCCACAUGCCUGCCUGCCCAGCAGAUUGAAUAGCAGUGAAUAGAAUUGGUUUGGUGUUGCUCGCUGCUUUUAGCCCCGAAUAUCUCAUUACCGUUUUGUCUUCACAAUCUGUGCUCUGUGUCACCUGAGUGUGUGUGUGUGUGUGUGUGUGUGUGUGUGUGUGUGUGUGUGUGUGUGUGUGUGUGUGUGUGUGUGUGUACCUUAGUAGCAGUAAGCCAGGCCAGGUCAUCUCUCAUCUCUUAACACAGGGUGUCAAACUAACCCGCAGAACGGUGUGUUGACCAACAAACACUACACAUUCUUCUCACAGGCCCUGCAUUCUCCUCUCACAGCCCCAUGGCCCAGAAAUACUCUGCUUUACGUAAGAUAAUACGUAGGCAACACAGUACAACUCCUAAAUGUCACACGUGCACGUGCACGAGCAGAUAUACACACGCACGUGCACACAUAUACGUAAGGAUGCAGGCGCGCACACACACAGACACAGCUUGUGGUCCAUCUUGUAUGCUUAACAAAUGCUUCACAUAUUUCCAAGAUGAUUUGCUGAACAUUUCCACACCUUUUGUUGCAAUUGUGCUCUUCCCUUAUUACAAAGGCUUAUUUUCAGUUAUCUGAACUGAAAUUAAUUAAUUGAAAUGGGUAAUUCAUGUGUAUCGUGGUCAUAUUACUGUAAUGGUGACCUGGCUGUAACUAGAGACUUCAUACGCUGAUUAUUCGAUUGUGGGCUUUGAAUAGUGUGAGAAGACAACAACAUUUGGUCGCUCUGGAUAAGAGCGUCUGCUAAAUGAUGUAAAUGUAAAUGUAAAUGUGAAAAUCGCAACAUAGGGUACAAAAUCAAUGCUAGCUCUUAAAGGAGGGUACCAUUUUCAAUUACGUAAUUAUUAAAUCUGCAGUUAUUCUUCUGCUAUUUAUUCUGUUACCAAUAAUAUUUACAUCUUAAUAUUAUCUUUUGAUUAUAUUUAUUAUGUCUCAUAUUUUAACUACAUGCAAUCUAUUAGCUUCCGAUAACACGGAAUGGCUUGUCCUGCACUUUGUAAAAACCCAGCGUGCAUUGAGUGAAUGUUAGAAAAAGAUCUUGGUUCGUUUCUAAACAUAGCAAUGUGAAUGCAAAAAGGACUCAGACAACAAAAUAGGUGAACUGGCAAAAUAGUUGAGUCCUCAUUCAAGGGCAAGGGCAGUGUGAAUACAAAGAUAACUGAGUUCUUUUGCUUUUUUUAAACCCGGAGUUCACUUUAAAGAGGACUGAGAUUGGAUAUUUUAAAGAGGACUAUAUGUUAAAACACCCCAAGGCAGUGUUUGUGUAGAGCCUAUAGACUGGACAAUAGAGGAAGCUAGGCUAAUGCAGACAUCAGUGAUGUGUUUGUUCAUAGACAAGACAACAGCACCAUCUGCUGGGCUGGAACCAGUACGACAACCAGACUCCAUCGAUGAAGUCUGACAAUGGAUCUAAAAUGGGGAUAGGUUUGAAGAGUUACCUUCUAUUGCAUUAUCUGUGCUAGUUGCACAGUGUGAUAUUCAAUGUGUCUAUGUGUUUCGUUGUCUCCUCAGGUCACAGUAAGAGUGUGCGCUGGCUGUUGGGUCGUGAUGGGGAUGUGAGUGUGAGCGUGAUCGGAGAGCUGGAUGAAUUUAGAUCCUCCAAACUCCUCCAGACCCUCUGUACGAACACCAUACUACAGAGUACAGAAAUGAACAACCUAGUGGUUGAUAUCAAUACUGUGUCUCUACUGACAGACAGAGUGAACCACCAAACCAGCUCACAAUCAGCCAUACUGAUGCAACUCAGUGUAAGUGUUUGUGUGUGUGUGUGUGUGUGUGUGUGAGACACAGAAAGAGAGGGAGAGAAAGAUGUCAGCUCUGCCAUACAGUAUGAAAAUGUAUGCACUCACUAACGAACUGUAAGUCGCUCUGGAUAAGAGCGUCUGCUAUUAUUUUUUUCAUUUAGCAGACACUCUUAUCCAGAGCGACAUACAGGAGCAAUUAGGGCUAAGUGCCUUGCUCAAGGGCACAUCGACAGAUUUUUCACCUAGUCGGCUCGGGGAUUAGAACCAGCAACCUUUCAGAUACUGGCACAACGCUCUUAACCACUAAGCUACCUGCCACCCAAAUGCUAAAUGACUAAAAUGUAAAUGUAAUACAGGAUGUCAGCUCUGCCCUACAGGAUGUCAGCUCUACCAUACAGGAUGUCAGCUCUGCCCUACAGGAUGUCAGCUCUACCAUACAGGAUGUCAGCUCUGCCAUACAGGAUGUCAGCUCUACCAUACAGGAUGUCAGCACUACCAUACAGGAUGUAGCUCACCAUUCUUCUUCCAUUUCCAGGAAGACUCAGACGGCUCUAAGGACUCUGAGGAGGACCAGGACUCAGGCAGUGCUGAGGGCAACCCAAAGGACCCCAGGGAGGACAGCAUCGACAGUAUGUCAGGCUACAGCACAGACAACCUAAAGGACUGGGGCCUCUGCUACAGACCCCACUGCAGCAACAUCAGUCUCCAACCCCAGCUGUCAGUCACAGAGAAGGCCAGCCCACAGAGCAUAAGAGGUGAGAGAGAAAGAGGGAGAGAAGAGAGAUGAGAGAGAGAGAGAGAGAGAUAGAGAGAGAGAGAGAGAGAGAGAGAGAGAGAGAGAGAGAGAGAGAGAGAGAGAAGAGGGAAGGAGAGAGAAGGAAAAAGCGAGAGGAGGGAGAGAGAGAUGAGAGAGAGAUGAGAGAGGAGAGAGAGACGAGGGGAGAGGAGAGAGAGAGAGCAUGGAGAAGGACGAGAGAGAAAAAGAGAGAGGGGGAGAGAGAGAGAGAGAGAGAGAGAGAGAGAGGCAGAGGAGGCGAGGGAGAGAGAGAGAGGAGGAGAGAGAGAGAGAGAGAAUGGGUUUUUGUGUGUGCACAAGUGUGUGUGUAUGACAUAUUCUACACUCGAUUCAAGCUCAUUGACUUAACAGAUAUUUCUACAAUCCUUUCCCUCUCUAGUGGUGGUCAGUCAUGAAGAGGAGACCCCAGCAUUUGGUGGUCGGGUGGCCCAGCUCAGGAGAGCAUUCGCCACCUCCUCUCCCACCGCCAUGCCCCCUGUGGCCACUAAACCCUCUCACCUGCAGCUAGCUGCCAAACCUUCCCUCAGAUAACACCAGGAUCACCUACAGUCAACAGAUAACACCAGGGUCACCUACAGUCAACAGAUAACACCAGGGUCACCUACAGUCAACAGAUAACACCAGGGUCACCUACAGUCAACAGAUAACACCAGGGUCACCUACAGUCAACAGAUAACACCAGGGUCACCUACAGUCAACCAACCACACAGAAGAGGUACUGCCCACUUGAAGGGCUCAUUUGAAUACCAGGCACAAGUGACCUACGGACAGACACUCAGCUGAGCUACGGUGCAGAGAAAUAGGCGCUACAAACUUAGCCGAGUUAAAGGUGGACAGGCACGGCUGAGUGGGAGGAAUGCUUGACGCUGGUAUUCUGGUGAAACGGCUCAAUUUGAAGGUUCCUGGAGACUGCAUAGUAGUCAUACAGUUCUAACUCUCCUUGAACCUAAAUACACAAGAGGUUUGGACAUGGUUAACACAAGAGCUAUUUCUACAUAGUUACAUGAGGUUUGUAUCUGAUUUGUACAUGGGGUGGAGGGAAAGAUUUAGCUUUACGUUUCCUAUCAUGAAUUAUGUAAAAAACCAAAAACCUUUGCUGUAAUAAGGGCCAUGGUAUGUUUGGGCUAUAGGUCAAACCAUCCUGUCGUGUUUUUAGUGAUCUUUUGCUUUAUUGGUUGUUGUUAUUAUCUAACCGUCUAACCUCAUAGGCUUUCUGGUCAUAUUCUGUUUAGUAUAUUUGCGCUCUAACUACAUUUGUUUGAGGAGCUUAUUUCUAUAUUGUAUGUGAAACUUGCUUGUGCAAUACUCAGAUGUAUUAUACCUGUUGUCUUCUAAUUCAGCUGAAUAAAAAUGCGGAAGAAA